AGGUGAAUGCACCAAUUUGUAAGUCGCUCUGGAUAAGAGCGUCUGCUAAAUGACUUAAAUGUAAAUGUAAAUGUAAAGAAAUUCUGUGGUAUGACGUUCACUCUGACUCAUAAAGAAAAAGUGCAGCUCUGAUUUUAUCCACCAGGUGGCUACAUUGCACCAACACAAAUUGAAUUGAGGCAGUGCUGAAUUGUGAACUUCACUAGUCCCAGUCGAAUUGAUUAACAUAAUAUCAAAUAUCAUAAACGGAACAAUGGUCUUUGCUUCUGCUGCUGAUGCAAAUGUUUGUUGAAAAAUGCCCUAACUUGUAUUUUUACACCCCUUCAAUAUGUUUCACUCUGAGACCACAUGCCGAUCUAAUUCCAACCCACUAUGGCUCAGACAUGGAUGUUGAAAUGGGUGUGGACAUAAAAUUAUGUUUUUCUGUUGCUGUAACAAUAUCUGAAAGGUUGCAACAAUCUAUGUGGACACAACAUAAUUCUCCUUUGCACACUGCCUACACCAACUUUGAUAGAAACACCCAUAGAGUGAAAUGUUAAAUCCUCUUUUUAAGAGAGCAUAAUGUCUUUCAAAUUCAGAGUUAAACGAGUUGACACAUUUUCUCAGGGGUUAUUGGAGGAAUUAUACAUGUGGUGUGCUAAUCACCCAGAGAGACAAAGAAGCACACUUCAAAGAUGUCUCUUUGUGCUCAAGGUUGUGAUUUAGCCUCAUUUCCUUCUCUAAUGGAAAUAUCAAAUAGCUAAUGCUUACUGUAUGACUGUAUGGACCCUAAUGUUCUCUCUCUCUCUCUCUCUCUCUCUCUCUCUGGAGAGCUACUCUACCUUCCUGUAGGUUUUCUUUCCAACCCCAGCAGUCUCUCCUCCUAGGUCUGAUGAGCACACAAGAGGCUGGUCUGUCUUGCGGCAGAGACAUGGAGCAGACAAGGCUGUCCUGUGGACAGUAUGACUAUGACCUGCUGGUCAUUGGAGGGGGGUCUGGAGGACUGGCUGUGUCCAAGGAAGCUGCUGGCUUUGGGAGGAGGGUGCUGGUCCUUGACUUGGUGGCUCCCACCCCUGAAGUCACUAAAUGGCGUCUAGGUGGUUCCAGUGUGAACGUGGGCAGUAUUCCCAGGAAGAUCCUGCACCAAGCCUCCUUGCUGGGAAAAGCCAUUCAGGAUGCCCGGAAGUACGGCUGGAAGUUUGAGGAACAGGGGUCCCAUGGCUGGGGUGAGAUGGUGGACACGGUACAACAACAUGUGAAGUCUGUGAGCUUUGAGCUGAGGAGGGAGCUGAGGGACAGUGAUGUCACCUACCUGAACGCCCAUGGAGAGAUACAGGAGCCACACACUGGACAGGUCAGUAUGGGGAGGGGCUGCUGGACAGGUCAGAAUAAUGGGAGUAGAGGGAGGUCUGGACAGGUCAGAAUAAUGGGAGUAGUGGGGCUUCUGGACAGGUCAGAAUAAUGGGAGUAGAGGGGCUUCUGGACAGGUCAGAAUAAUGGGAGUAGUGGGGCUUCUGGACAGGUCAGAAUAAUGGGAGUAGAGGGGCUUCUGGACAGGUCAGAAUAAUGGGAGUAGAGGGGCUUCUGGACAGGUCAGAAUAAUGGGAGUAGAGGGGCUUCUGGACAGGUCAGAAUAAUGGGAGUAGAGGGAGGUCUGGACAGGUCAGAAUAAUGGGAGUAGGAGGAGGUCUGGACAGGUCAGAAUAAUGGGAGUAGAGGGGGUUCUGGACAGGUUAGAAUAAUGGGAGUAGAGGGAGGUCUGGACAGGUUAGAAUAAUGGGAGUAGAGGGAGGUCUGGACAGGUCAGAAUAAUGGGAGUAGAGGGAGGUCUGGACAGGUCAGAAUAAUGGGAGUAGAGGGGCUUCUGGACAGGUCAGAAUAAUGGGAGUAGAGGGAGGUCUGGACAGGUCAGAAUAAUGGGAGUAGAGGGAGGUCUGGACAGGUCAGAAUAAUGGGAGUAGAGGGGCUUCUGGACAGGUCAGAAUAAUGGGAGUAGAGGGAGGUCUGGACAGGUCAGAAUAAUGGGAGUAGAGGGAGGUCUGGACAGGUCAGAAUAAUGGGAGUAGAGGGAGGUCUGGACAGGUCAGAAUAAUGGGAGUAGAGGGGCUUCUGGACAGGUCAGAAUAAUGGGAGUAGAGGGAGGUCUGGACAGGUGAGAAUAAUGGGAGUAGAGGGAGGUCUGGACAGGUUAGAAUAAUGGGAGUAGAGGGAGGUCUGGACAGGUCAGAAUAAUGGGAGUAGAGUGAGGUCUGGACAGGUCAGAAUAAUGGGAGUAGAGGGAGGUCUGGACAGGUCAGAAUAAUGGGAGUAGAGGGGCUUCUGGACAGGUCAGAAUAAUGGGAGUAGAGGGGCUUCUGGACAGGUCAGAAUAAUGGGAGUAGAGGGAGGUCUGGACAGGUCAGAAUAAUGGGAGUAGAGGGAGGUCUGGACAGGUGUGAAUAAUGGGAGUAGAGGGAGGUCUGGACAGGUGUGAAUAAUGGGAGUAGAGGGAGGUCUGGACAGGUGAGAAUAAUGGGAGUAGAGGGAGGUCUGGACAGGUCAGAAUAAUGGGAGUAGAGGGAGGUCUGGACAGGUCAGAAUAAUGGGAGUAGAGGGAGGUCUGGACAGGUGGGAAUAAUGGGAGUAGAGGGAGGUCUGGACAGGUGAGAAUAAUGGGAGUAGAGGGGCUUCUGGACAGGUCAGAAUAAUGGGAGUAGAGGGAGGUCUGGACAGGUGUGAAUAAUGGGAGUAGAGGGAGGUCUGGACAGGUGAGAAUAAUGGGAGUAGAGGGAGGUCUGGACAGGUGAGAAUAAUGGGAGUAGAGGGGCUUCUGGACAGGUGGGAAUAAUGGGAGUAGAGGGAGGUCUGGACAGGUGAGAAUAAUGGGAGUAGAGGGAGGUCUGGACAGGUUAGAAUAAUGGGAGUAGAGGGAGGUCUGGACAGGUCAGAAUAAUGGGAGUAGAGGGAGGUCUGGACAGGUGAGAAUAAUGGGAGUAGAGGGAGGUCUGGACAGGUCAGAAUAAUGGGAGUAGAGGGAGGUCUGGACAGGUGAGAAUAAUGGGAGUAGAGGGAGGUCUGGACAGGUGAGAAUAAUGGGAGUAGAGGGAGGUCUGGACAGGUCAGAAUAAUGGGACUAGAGGGGCUUCUGGACAGGUGGGAAUAAUGGGAGUAGAGGGAGGUCUGGACAGGUGAGAAUAAUGGGAGUAGAGGGAGGUCUGGACAGGUGGGAAUAAUGGGAGUAGAGGGAGGUCUGGACAGGUCAGAAUAAUGGGAGUAGAGGGAGGUCUGGACAGGUCAGAAUAAUGGGAGUAGAGGGAGGUCUGGACAGGUCAGAAUAAUGGGAGUAGAGGGAGGUCUGGACAGGUCAGAAUAAUGGGAGUAGAGGGAGGUCUGGACAGGUCAGAAUAAUGGGAGUAGAGGGAGGUCUGGACAGGUCAGAAUAAUGGGAGUAGAGGGGCUUCUGGACAGGUGGGAAUAAUGGGAGUAGAGGGAGGUCUGGACAGGUCAGAAUAAUGGGAGUAGAGGGAGGUCUGGACAGGUCAGAAUAAUGGGAGUAGAGGGAGGUCUGGACAGGUCAGAAUAAUGGGAGUAGAGGGAGGUCUGGACAGGUGAGAAUAAUGGGAGUAGAGGGAGGUCUGGACAGGUCAGAAUAAUGGGAGUAGAGGGAGGUCUGGACAGGUGUGAAUAAUGGGAGUAGAGGGAGGUCUGGACAGGUGAGAAUAAUGGGAGUAGAGGGGCUUCUGGACAGGUCAGAAUAAUGGGAGUAGAGGGAGGUCUGGACAGGUGGGAAUAAUGGGAGUAGAGGGAGGUCUGGACAGGUGGGAAUAAUGGGAGUAGAGGGAGGUCUGGACAGGUGAGAAUAAUGGGAGUAGAGGGAGGUCUGGACAGGUGUGAAUAAUGGGAGUAGAGGGAGGUCUGGACAGGUCAGAAUAAUGGGAGUAGAGGGAGGUCUGGACAGGUGAGAAUAAUGGGAGUAGAGGGAGGUCUGGACAGGUCAGAAUAAUGGGAGUAGAGGGAGGUCUGGACAGGUCAGAAUAAUGGGAGUAGAGGGAGGUCUGGACAGGUGAGAAUAAUGGGAGUAGAGGGGCUUCUGGACAGGUCAGAAUAAUGGGAGUAGAGGGAGGUCUGGACAGGUCAGAAUAAUGGGAGUAGUGGGGCUUCUGGACAGGUCAGAAUAAUGGGAGUAGAGGGAGGUCUGGACAGGUGAGAAUAAUGGGAGUAGAGGGAGGUCUGGACAGGUGUGAAUAAUGGGAGUAGAGAGAGGUAUGGACAGGUCAGAAUAAUGGGAGUAGAGGGGCUUCUGGACAGGUCAGAAUAAUGGGAGUAGAGGGGCUUCUGGACAGGUCAGAAUAAUGGGAGUAGAGGGAGGUCUGGACAGGUCAGAAUAAUGGGAGUAGAGGGGCUUCUGGACAGGUCAGAAUAAUGGGAGUAGAGGGGCUUCUGGACAGGUCAGAAUAAUGGGAGUAGAGGGAGGUCUGGACAGGUCAGAAUAAUGGGAGUAGAGGGAGGUCUGGACAGGUCAGAAUAAUGGGAGUAGAGGGAGGUCUGGACAGGUCAGAAUAAUGGGAGUAGAGGGAGGUCUGGACAGGUCAGAAUAAUGGGAGUAGAGGGAGGUCUGGACAGGUCAGAAUAAUGGGAGUAGAGGGAGGUCUGGACAGGUCAGAAUAAUGGGAGUAGAGGGAGGUCUGGACAGGUCAGAAUAAUGGGAGUAGAGGGAGGUCUGGACAGGGUGGUGGUGGGUGUUGUGUACAGCUAAGCAUGAGAAAGCAGUUUGGAUAGGGAAUAAUACAAUGUUCUCUUUUUAACAGCUUUCCAAUUAACCCUAAUUUGAAGAGGGAGUGGUUAAAAUUGAUUGGACACACCUAGUAAGCAAUA